CGCCCGGGGUAACGCCGGCCGGCUGCUGCCGAGCGCCGCGCCGGGCCGCGCCGCGGGGCCUGGGCCGCCGGGGCCUGCCCGGCGCUGGCGGUGCGAGAGCGGCGGGCGCGGGCCUUGCGGCGGGCCGGGGCGGCCGCCGCUGCCGGCGCCGGGCCUGAGGAGGCCGCCCUGGAGGGCGGGCGGCAGCUGAAGCCCGGACUGGCAGCACUACCGUGCCGCCGGCCCUCGCCUUCCCUUCUCGUGGGCUGUGACUUUCCAAUCUGUAGAGGGCGUUGCCGGUUUAGAAAACACCAUCCCAAGAAAGCAGGCUUUGUCACCGCAUGAGGACGAUGGUGCUUUGUUUUCUGAGCAGAACACUGCAACUAGCAAGACAUUCAUCCAGCCCACUGGGGAGACAGCUCUGUUCAGCCAGCACAAACAAGCCAGUGUUGACUUUAUUCACCAAGAAACCAUGCCCUCUAUGUGAUGAAGCAAAAGAAGUGCUUGAGCCGUAUAAGAGAAGGUUUAUUUUGCAGGAGGUGGAUAUUACCCUUCCAGAGAACUCAGCUUGGUAUGAUAAAUACAAAUAUGACAUACCUGUUUUUCAUUUAAAUGGGAAGUUCCUAAUGAAGCAUCAAGUAGACAUUCAGAAGUUUGAGGACCAACUUAUGAAGCUGGAGUCGCAAAAUGAUGGAAACCAGUGAAGAAAAUGCAGCUGCUCUGGUGUGGAUCUGAAUGGACUGUACAACAUAAAUUGUGUGAAGAAGCAAUAUUCAUUAUCUGGCCUUAUGUUUCUUAGAACGUAUGGUACCAGUGUCCUAAAAACCUUGAGUGACUUGUAUUCUAUUUUGUAUGAAUCAUCCAGCCCAACUGCACCAGCAGCAACCUUUUCUGUACCAUUAAUUUGCUGCUAUCCUAGGCUGGCUUUUCAUUGACAGAAUAAAUGCUGCUCCAUAACAGCAGAUAAAGUGAAA